CCUUCUUUGUUUCCUCUUUUUGGUUAUCAAACCAAUUUUUUCCGCUUGCGCAAUGUCGGCGACGGCGACUGUGGAGAGUAGAAUCUUCAUAACGAGAAGUCGAAGUCGAUGGAAGCAAUUCAGACUUUCUCUCAUCAGUCCCAGUCCCAGCUUUGAGUAGUGGAGAAUCAAAGCGUUUUUAUGGUGUAGCAAAGAUGGCUAGAUCAUCUCGAUCCAAAACAGUUGAAAAUCAAAGCGAUUGGGAUUGAUUCACACGGGUCAAAACGAUGCACUUGACCACUGCUGCAAUGGAUCAAUCGGACCCAGCAUUGUACGCCAACCUGGUCAAGUCGUGCCGGAGUCUCCAGCAAGCCCAAAAGAUCCACGCGACGAUCUCCGCCAGCGAGCACCGCCACAACAUUUUCCUCGCCAACCUUGUCAUCGAAAUGUAUGGGAAGCACGGAAGUGUUGAGAAAGCCCGCGAGGUGUUUGAUAGCCUUCCGGAGCCGAAUCUUUUUUCGUGGAACAUCAUCGUCACUGCAUAUGCCAGUAACGGGGAUUUGUACACCGCAAGAUUGAUGUUCGAAAACAUGCCGUGUUGGGACGUGGUUUCGUGGACUGCAAUCCUCAAAGCCUAUUCUGAUGUUCCAUUUCUAAAUGAAUCGAAUGAAAUAUUUGACAGCAUGCCACACAAGAACAUAAUCUCGUGGAACAUUAUCAUUGUAGCAAAUGCCGCUAGUGGGCAUUUGGAAAAGGCGUGGAGCAUGUUUGAUACAAUGCCCGGGUGGUCUCUUGUGACGUGGAACACAAUGCUCCAGCACAGCAAACACUACGACGACGCGCGGUUGGUGUUCGAUGACAUGGCCUGCCACGACAUCCUGUCAUGGAACGGCCUCUUGGGUGCCCUUGUCCGAGACGGGCGUUUCACCGAAGCUCUGAAACUUUUCCAGGAGAUGCCGGAGCGCGAUGUUGCCUCGUACAACUUUGCCAUCGCAGCAGUGUCGCAGGGCGAGGAUCUGAGCGAAGCAAGGACGAUCUUCGAGAGAAUGCCCGAGAGAGACCUGUUUUCGUGGACGACGCUCUUGAAUGCGCUUGCAGCAACUGGAAGACUCACACAAGGUCGGGCGUUGUUUAACCAGAUGCCAGCGUUGGACAUUGUUGCUUGGUCCUCUAUGACGGAGGCAUAUGCCCGAGCUGGGCAUACUCUUAAAGCGAUGGCGAUGUUCACAGAAAUGCCCGAGCGCGAUAUUAUAUCCUGCACGGCCAUCUUUAACGCGUUCUCCGAGAGUGGAAACAUUUCAGAGGCGGAAGAUGUCUUCGCAAAAAUGCCUCAGCAAGAUGACAUCUCGUGGACUGCGAUGCUCGCUGCAUAUGCCCGAAACGGGUAUUUGGACAAGGCACAAGCCAUGCUAGAGUCCACUUCAGCACCCAACGUUGUGACGUGGACUGCAAUGCUGGCUGGAUAUGCCCAGCACGGGCAUCUUGAGGAAGCCCAGUUGUUGUUCGACACAAUGCCGUGCUGGAACACAGUGACAUGGAGCGUGAUGAUCGCGGCAUAUGCCCAAAACGGCCAUGGAAUCGAGGGGAUAUCCCUCUUCCGGAGGAUGAACCAAGAAGGGUAUCACCCAGAUGAGAGCGCUUUUGCGAGUGCGUUUUUCGCGUGCAGCUGCAUUGGCUCGCUCUCUGAUGCCCGAUCAAUCCACGCAAAUUUCAGAGAAUUCAACUCCGUGUCAAAUGAGCUCAUGUUGGGGGGUCUCAUCAUCAGCAUGUACGGAGGAUGCGGAGACCUCACCGCAGCUGCUAACGAGUUCCACGCGCUCUUACUUCCGUACCAUGGCAGCCCCGUGCUGUGGAGCACCAUGGUAGCCGCAUAUUCUCAGAAUGGUCUUGUGGAGCUGGCCAUGGUAUUGUUCUCGACAAUGUUUGGAGAGGGGGUCGAACCCAGUGACCUGACGUUUGUGACCAUCCUGGCGGCGUGCAGCCACGGUGGGCGGUUGCAUGAGGGGCUGUACUAUUUCCGGGUAAUGUGUACGGACUGUGGGAUAGCUCCCGGCGUCCAACACUACCACUGUUUGAUUGAUCUCUUGGGGCGGAGUGGGAGGCUGGAGGAGGCGAGAGAACUGGUCACCUCUUGUGCGGAUCCGGGAGCAUGGACAAUUCUCCUGGGAAAGUGUAAAUUACAUGGUAAUGCACGGUUGGGAAAGGUGGCGACAACUAAUUUGGAUCAUCAUGUACCUGGACCUUACCUCUUACUGGCAAACGCAUACACCCUUAGAUAAAGGUAUUCUUUUCACAUACAAUAUAUGAGUCUGGUGGUGGUGAGGAGCGUGCAUUUCUCGAACUCUGCUGGUCAUGGACAAGCGUAUUGCAAGCAAUUUAUAGUGGAAUUUCCUUCAAUCCAGUUGAUCAUGGACAGGUUCACAAAGCUGUAGUGCUUGUUUCUUCGAUUUUCAUAGUGGAGAAGGUCAAGUAGUUCCCACUUCCACAGGGUUACUUGCGGCACAAGGAAAGCAACUUUUGACAAACUUUUCUAUCCAAACUUUUGCAGACUAAUUGGAGUACAGUUGCAAUCUGCUCUACGCCCAGACCAUUUCAGCAAUACAAACACGGUUCUGAGCUUCCUUACCUCAAUUGAUCAUGACCACUAUGUGGGCAAACUAACCUUCACUGGCCGCAUCUGAAUUGAAGAGAUGUUCUACUGCUGAGGGAUGCAUAGGCUUUACCAGUAAAGACUCUGCCUGCACGAUCCUAGGCACGAAGUAAUCCAUACAACAAAUGGCCGCCAAGUAAGGGCACAUGCUAAUGUCAUAACAUACGUUCAAAAGCAGAUAGACUAUAUGCCUAAGUGUGUAAUGCACGAGGGAAACUUGACAUGGCAAAUUCCAAGUUUGAGCACCCUAUUAUCCGCUUAAGGCUAAGUAUGGGAUUAGUAGGUCAAUUAGAGGAUUAGGUCAUUGAGUGUCUAAGAAAAUGGCGUAUCUAACUAAAAACUUUAAACAA